UUCGAGCCAUGGCGGUGACGAAAGCGAGCCUGUUGCGCCAGUGCCCGCUGCUUCUGCCCCAGAACCGGUCGAAAACCGUGUAUGAGGGAUUCAUCUCGGCUCAGAGCUCCUUAAUAAGCAUUUAUAGUCAGUUUUUGGCAGCAGUAGAAUCACUAAAGGCAUUCUGGGAUGUUAUGGAUGAAAUCGAUGAGAAGACCUGGGUACUUGAGCCAGAAAAACCUCCACGGAGUGCAACAGCAUGCAGAAUUGCAUUAGGGAAUAAUGUUUCCAUAAAUAUAGAGGUAGACCCCAGGCAUCCUACUAUGCUUCCUGAGUGCUUCUUUCUUGGAGCUGACCAUGUGGUAAAACCCCUGGGAAUUAAGCUGAGCAGGAACAUACAUUUGUGGGAUCCAGAAAAUAGUGUAUUACAAAAUUUGAAAGAUGUUUUAGAAAUUGAUUUUCCAGCUCGUGCUAUCCUGGAAAAAUCUGAUUUUACUAUGGAUUGUGGAAUUUGCUAUGCUUAUCAACUUGACGGUACCAUUCCUGAUCAAGUGUGUGAUAAAUCCCAGUGUGGACAACCUUUCCAUCAAAUAUGCUUAUAUGAGUGGCUGAGAGGACUACUAACUAGUAGACAGAGUUUUAACAUCAUAUUUAGUGAAUAUCCAUAUUGUAGUAAGCCAGUUACCUUAAAAAUAUCUGGAAGGAAACACUGAAAUAAGAAUAUAACAUUUCGGUGAAGAGCUGGAAACUUAAAAAAUUAUCAAAAGGAAUUCUGAUAUCUUCAGAGAAAAUAUAAAGCAAGACAUACUAACAUCAAAAGGACAGGUAUGAUGAUGCAAUAAUAAUAAACAUCUGCCUUUAUCUCUUCACUAAGAGUAAAGUGGGAAAUUGUAGGCCAAAGUCCAAUUGAACUUUCUAAGUCUGUGAUCUCCGUGCUGACUGUGGAAGUGUAUUUAUACCAAGAUGGAGAUCUUGACUUCUUGAAUAUAUCUGGACUGGUAAAAUCUUGAUGAGGUUCGUAAAAUGAGUUUGGGAAUUGUCUAUAGCUGAUUUUUUGUGGGAAACUCUUUACUUCAUUCAAAAGUUCUUGAGACUCUUGAUAUUUCUGUCUUCUCCUUAUGCUUUCCUAUGGAAAAAAAAUAUAUAUAGUUUGUUAGAUGUGAGUUAUCCAAGUAUUUAUUUUG